GCAAAGGUUUCAUUUACCGUUAGCUUACACGCAGAACUGGGAGGAACAGAGAGCACUGCGGAAAGGAAUUUGCAGGGUGAGAUAUGGUUUUUGAAAUUCACUUAGCUACAUAGGCUAGCAUGAGGGAUCAAAUGAUCUGGAUCCGGAGGUUUAUUCAUUUCCACAAACUCACUUCAGCACAUUUGGAUGUCACGUCGAGGGGAUUUUGCACCCUCACUGCACCUCUUGAUUUUACUCAAAUUCAAAUUUCUCGCCUCCCCACUGUCAUCAUUCUUGGGCGACCUAACGUAGGCAAGUCUGCAUUGUUCAAUCGUCUAAUUCGGAGGAGAGAGGCUCUGGUAUAUAAUACCCCUGAUGAUCAUGUUACCCGUGACAUACGAGAAGGAGUUGCCAAGUUGGGUGACUUACGAUUCAGGGUCUUGGACUCUGCCGGCUUGGAAGCUGAAGCUUCUUCUGGUUCUAUCCUCCACAGAACUGCUUCCAUCACUGUAAACGUAUUAGCAAGGUCUCACUUUGCACUGUUCCUCACUGAUGCAAGAGCCGGACUUCAUCCUCUUGACCUGGAGGUUGGAAAAUGGUUGCGCAAACAUGCACCUCAAAUCAAACCUAUUGUUGCCAUGAAUAAAUCUGAAUCUCUGUUUAAUGAUAGUGGCUCUCUUGCUUCAGCUGCUAAUGAAAUGUGCCGGUUGGGAUUUGGGGAUCCUGUUGCCAUAUCUGCUGAGACUGGACUUGGUAUGCCUGACUUGUAUAGGUCUCUUAGGCCCCUCCUGGAGGACUAUAUGCUUCGUGUCUUGAAUGAUGAAGGUGCUCAAGAUAAUAGCUACAACGAGGAUAGUAGCUUCCUUGAUGUUGACAAAAGUAAGCUGCCAUUGCAGUUAGCCAUUGUAGGACGCCCCAAUGUUGGUAAAUCAACCUUGUUGAAUGCAUUGUUGCUAGAAGAUCGUGUUCUUGUGGGUCCUGAAGCUGGUCUAACAAGGGAUUCAAUCAGAACUGAGUUUGAGUUUCAAGGAAGAACAAUUUAUCUGGUUGAUACUGCUGGUUGGUUACAGAGGACAAAACAGGAGAAAGGAGCAGCAUCCUUGAGCAUUAUGCAAUCAAGAAAGAGUCUACUCCGAGCUCAUAUAAUUGCUUUGGUACUAGAUGCAGAAGAGAUUGUGAAUGCAAGACGAAGUAUGAAACAUGCUGAAGUAGUUAUAGCCAGACGAGCAGUGGAAGAGGGACGGGGUUUGGUUGUGAUUGUGAACAAGAUGGAUCUUUUAAGGGGCAAACACAAAUCAUCAUCCUAUGAGAAGGUUAUGGAAAUUGUUCCACAAGAAAUUCAAACAAUUAUACCUCAGGUAACAGGAAUACCGGUUGUAUUCAUUUCAGCAUUGGAGGGACGGGGUCGAACUGCUGUCUUGCAUCAGGUCAUUGACACGUAUGAAAAAUGGUGUUCAAGGUUACCUACUGCUCGUCUUAACCGUUGGUUGCAGAAGGUUAUGAGCAGGCAUUCAUGGAAGGACCAAGCAGCACAGCCUAAGCUAAAGUACUUCACUCAGGUCAAGGCCCGGCCACCUACAUUUGUUGCGUUUGUGCGUGGGAAGACUCAACUUUCUGAUACAGACAUUAGGUUCUUAACGAAGUCAUUGAAGGAGGACUUCGAUUUGGGUGGAAUUCCUAUACGGAUAAUGCAACGUUCUGUCACUAAGAAAGAUGCUAGAGGAACUGGCAAGAGUAGCCAUUCCGCAAGCACUGGCAGAGUGACUGAAAGGGUCGUGUCUGACAAGAGAAGCGUCUUAGUUGAAUAACAAAUUUGAUUUUUCACUAAAGGACAGGAGCAUCAUUCCGCAAAAAAUUGCAAAAAUGAGAUUAGAGUCUAGUUAGAUGCUUAGAGUAACUUAACUGUAAUUUUAUUGGCAGUUCAGAGGAGCUUGAUUAUUUAUUAUUAUUAUAACAAUAUAAUAUAAUAUAUGUUAAUAAUAUAGGAUGUGACAGUCCGGUUGCGUGAACUUUU